AUGUCGCGGCCAGAGGACACACUGUCCGCCGACAUCCACUACGAUGACACCGAAGCGCGAAAGUACACAACGUCAUCGCGAAUUCAGAACAUCCAAGCCUCGAUGACGCACCGCGCACUCGAGCUGCUAGACCUACCAGGGCCAUCCCUCAUCCUCGACGUCGGCUGCGGCAGCGGGUUAUCCGGCGAGAUCCUAUCCUCGAUACCACCGGAAGAAGGCGGCCCGCACGCGUGGAUUGGCAUGGAUGUGUCGGCUUCGAUGCUGGACAUCGCGCUGCAGCGGGAUGUCGAGGGUGACCUGAUGCUAGCGGACAUCGGGCAGGGCGUCCCCUUUCGCGCCGGCACCUUCGACGCCGCGGUCAGCAUCAGCGCCAUACAGUGGCUAUGCAAUGCCGAAAGCAGCGAGGAUUCGCCCACCGCACGGCUGUCGCGGUUCUUCGGGGGUCUGUAUGCGAGUCUGAAGAGAGGCGGACGCGCCGUCUGCCAGUUCUACCCCAAGAACGACGACCAGAAGAAGAUGAUCACGGGCGCGGCGGUCAAGGCUGGGUUCGGCGCCGGUCUGCUGGAGGACGACCCCGAGACGAAGAACGUGAAGGUCUACCUCGUGCUCACGGUCGGCGGCGGCGCGAUAGAGGGCAGCGGGGGCGACAUCACGGGCGUGGUUAGGGGCAUGGAAGGCGUGGAUGUCCUGGACGCGCGGCGGAACCAGAAGAGCGGCAAGGGCGAGAUCAAGAAGGGCAGCAAGGCGUGGAUCAUGAAGAAGAAGGACCAGAUGGAACGGAAGGGCAAGGUCGUCAAGGCGACGUCCAAAUACACGGGACGGAAGAGACGGACUGCGUGGUGA